AUGGCGGCUUUUGCUCUUACAUAUUUUUGUUGCGAGGUUUCGAGCGAAAAGCGAACCGCGCAGGGGAGGACCUCUGCCCAAGGAGGUUCAGAAGAGCAAAGUGUGCGCUUCGGCGCCGGGCCGCUGGAAUUGUGGACGCGGGAGCGUGUCGCUCCGGCCGGAGAGGCUGGGGCAGCCGGUUCCCCGCGCAGGGCGAGCCCCGGGCGGCAAGAGGGGAGGGCACAGGGGGCGGACCUGGUCAGCUCAGGGGACUUACCUGGUCAUGUUGGCUCUGGGCAGCCGCCGCCACCGCCUCCCGCGCCGCCACCAGCACUUUCCUCCAGCGCCUUCGCGCCCCGCCACGGCCGCGCCGCCUGCGCCUGCCCGCGCUGCCGCCUCCGGACGGCCAAUUUAAUCCCGCGGAGCAGCGGCCACCGCCGCGGGAGCCCCCCUGGUCGCCGUCGCCGUUCGGCCCUCGUGCGGCCAGCCCAGUCCAGAGCGAGGAAGUGGAGGAGAGUCAGCGACUUUGUUCCUGAUCCAUGCAAGAAGAUGAAACAACCUAGUACUAUACCCGUUUUUUACCUCAAGAAGCACAAAAGGAAAUCUAGUCCGACAGAUAUUCUUCCUUGCCUUCUCCUUGACAAACAACCAAUGGCCAGUCAUCUAGAAGCUGAAAAGACCAAUCAACACCCAUCCUUUUUAAUUUUUUCCCCUCCAUCAGAGGGACCACCUGCCUGGAUAGGCAGAACUGCCCAAAUCCACCAUCAGGAGAAGCAAGGAAAUAAAGAUCUUUGGCUGUAGCCAGUGUGUGAUUCAUGUCGGCACCAGCAUUCUGAGGUACCACUGAGAAGAAAUGUACUCACUGCAAGAUGGCAGCCUGUGGAAAUCAGUAGCAACGCAAUCAAUCAACACCAAGGGCCAAAAGCUCUUCCUUCCAUUUCUGUGACAGAACAAACUGCUAAAGAGACUACUGUUAAGUCUGUUCAUAGCUCUAACAAAAACUGAAAAGUUUAUAACAAGUGGUACCACUUGUGCUUAUGUCUCAGCCUAGCCAAAAUAAUUUCCCCUCCUGGGUCUUCUACCGUGGCAAAGGGUGAGGAAUUUGACAGUGAGACUAUGAAGAGGAUGAAGGUUCCAACAUGGAACCUGUAGAGUGAGCAGAUUAUCAUCAUCUGUGCUAGCAGAGGUAUCAGCGAGACUGUCUCCUUUACUCUGGAACAACUGUGUGAUAUGAUCUCCCAUCCACUAUCAAAAAGGCUCUGUCUUCAGGAAAACAAAGACUUCUCUGCUCAGUGUUCACUCACAUGAUUGAGUUUUCUUGUUAACAAUGUCAUAUUAUUACUGGUGACCUUUGUAUAGCUCUGGAUAUGGAGGCUAUAUUAAAAACACAAUAAAGAGAGCAGCUUGUUUAUAAAA